AACUAUUCUUCUGGUACGCCGAUUUUCGUGAGACUCGUCGGAGACUUGGAGUUUUCCCAUGUCGAAUUUCCAAGCACCGCAGUCGCAACUCCGGCCGCUCUACAAGCAGCGCUCGUGGUCGCCAGACACUGGGAAGGAAGAGCUGUGGCUUCGGCGAAAGUCGAUUCACGGCAAAGGUCACCGCCUCAUCCGCAGCAAGAGUGUUAGUGUUACAGACGAAGAUCUUGAAGAGCUCAAAGCGUGUAUUGAUUUAGGAUUUGGUUUCGGACCUGACUCGCCCGAAUUGGACCCGAAGUUGUCAGAUGUUUUGCCUGGUUUGAGGUUUUAUUGCGCUGUUAAUAAGCAGUAUAGUAAUGGCUUUUCGAGAUCUUCGUCGUCAUCGUCGAUAUUCUCCGAUUCUGAUAGCGAUGCAAGUAGUGGUUCCUCCAUAUUUGAUCUAGGUGAUGAUCCUGAGACGGUUAAGACGAGGCUGAAGCAGUGGGCUCGAGUGGUGGCUUUUUCAGUGCAGCAAAAUUCAGGAAAAUCCGAGUAAUUGUUUUUUGUUUUUUUUUUUUUUUACAAUUUUAUUUAUAUAUGAAAAAUUAUUCAAUGCUCUUAUAUAAAUAUAUGAAAAAUUAUUUUUUA